AUGACCAUCAUGCGGACCGCCUACAUUACCAUGGUAUUCUUAUCAGUAGUUUGUGCUGAUUUAGAUGACGAAGCAAGAAAAGGUAAGCUUUGCCAUAUUUAAUAAUAUUUUUAGUCUUUGACUAUAUCAACACAGACAAGCAAGCUACAAUAGCUCUGGAAGACGCAGUAGCUAUCUUGCAACGCAUUCUACCAGCAAGCAACUAUCAGGUAUGGAGUGUCCAUAACAUAACAUUCACAUCCAAUCAAUUAUAGUAUUUUAUCCUUUCAGUUCUUUCAGUAACAACCGUUUAACUUUAAUGGUAUUACAAACAUCACUUUUUUGAAUUACUUUAUUUACGUGAAGUUUGCAAUUCCCAAACUUCACGUAUCUCGAGCACAUCACUGAUAUUGCGAUAGGCUAUCACAAUAUCAGUCCCUUUCAAUUUAAUCAGCAUUCUUUCAGAAAAUAGAUGCAAAUCAUGACGGACAAGUUAGUGAAUCAGAGUUUGUCAAUUUUUACCAUGAACAAUAUAAUGAAUGGGCAAAGGAGAACCUGCAACCUUGA